GCAAAUCGGCGACUGCGUUGGUUGUAUUUCUCCUAAAACCCUUUUCAUCGAACUCCCAGAUCCAGUCCUCCAAAUCGAUCUUGCAGGACGUUCGAUCUUCAAAUUGAUCACGACCCAAAUCGAUCCACACUCUCGAUCUCCAUGGGUUCUUCCUUCAAGUUAAAGCCGAGUUACAAAGAAAACUCGUUUCAGAAGCUUUAAUCGCAUAUACGUCCUCCUUUCAGUCCACAGAAUCGUUUGUCUAAUACGAUGGCAAGAGCGUUAUCGAACAUGCUAUUCAAAGGAUUUAGGUCAAUUGAAUCUACUCGUAUAGCUGCAUCGGCCUCUGGACCGUUCUUGCGGCACGGAAUGCAAUUUUCGACUAGUGUGCCCAAUGAUCCUGAUACACAUGAUGAUUUUAAGCCCACAAAUAAGAUUGAGAAUUCUGGAAUUACUCUAAAGGAUAUCGUUGAGCAGGAUGUCAAGGAUAACCAUGUGAUGAUUUACAUGAAAGGGGAUCCAGAGCAACCACGGUGUGGAUUCAGCUCAUUAGCUGUCAGAGUGUUGAGUGAAUAUCGAGUUCCUAUACAUUCUAGAAACAUAUUAGAAGAUCCCGAGCUUAAGAAUGCUGUAAAAGCUUUCAGCACGUGGCCGACAUUUCCGCAGAUAUUCAUCAAUGGAGAAUUCAUCGGAGGAUCAGACAUUAUCCUGAAUAUGCAUCAGAAUGGUGAACUGAAGGAGAAACUGAAGGCCACUUCCGAGGAGUAGACCAGUCAGCAGUGAUGUUAUUGGAUUUAUGAUGUUAGUCAUUUCAAAGCGACGUCGUCGUUUUAACAUGAGCGGAGACAAAAUAAUCAAAAAAUGUGAUUUUUUAAUAAUAUUUAUAAACUAUUUAGAUUUUAUUUCAUAAGCUAUGAAAUCUGUUAAUUGUUAUCAUGUUUUUUUAUUAGAACGUAACAACC